GUCAUUCGAGAAAUAAUAAGAAUCAGAAUGAAAACUGGCGGAGGCACUUCAAAUCAUCGUUUAAAUCAUCCAAUCAUGGAGCAACGCUUAAGAAGUCCCAAGUGCGCGAGAUGUCGAAAUCAUGGUGUAAUAUCCGGUUUGAAGGGUCACAAGAGGUCCUGCGCGUGGAAGGAUUGCCGAUGUCCCUGUUGUCUGUUAGUCGUCGAAAGACAGCGAGUGAUGGCAGCGCAAGUUGCUCUACGUAGGCAACAACAAGCGCAAGGUGACAAUCUUCAUCUAUCCUCGGCGAAUAAGGUAUCAACAGACACCACAAAUUCUCCUUAUUAUAUUAAAGCGAAAUACGAUGAGCCGGACGCUGCCUGUAUUGGUAGAAGAGCCAAAAAUUUUCAAAGGCAUCAUUUACACUUUACACAGACGAGUAUCAGCGUGACGCAGGGCUUCUACGGAUUAAAUGCUGUACAUAAUUUACCUGGCGCAUUAUCAGGGCAUCCGCGUUUGUUGACUUUAUCCUCCCUCGGAUGCGAUCAGAAACAAGAAGCUGAACCCACAUUGAAAGUACAAUCUUUCCAUUCUGCAUAUCCAACAAUUCCCUGGUUCAAUGAGGUAACGCAAUCGUAUAUAACGGAUGGGGAAUUGAAUAAUUUUAUUUCUACGAGAGAUUUGCAGGAUUGUCCUACUACAAACAAUGAAUCUUGUUUAGAAAAGAAAGCACCAAUUUCAUUCAGUGUGGAAUCUAUUAUCGGUACAAAAUGAUAUCUCGAUAUCCACAUUUUAAUCGUUUGAGCAUGGAGAUGCUAACAAAUUCUCCGACAAUUCGAUUUGAUCUGAGAAUAGCACUCUAUACAUAACGAUAAUGUGCGACUAUCGGGAAUCGAGUAGCCGUUAAUAUAAGAUAUGUACAACAAUGCUGUAUAGUACUGAAUAAUGUUAAAUUUUGAAUAAAAUCGAAAAAAUAAUAACGUUUUCAUACUUAAAUGAUUAA